GGGUUCUGCAGUUGCCAAGAUAAUAGGCAAUAAUGUAAAAAAAUUGCAAAAGUUUGCUUCCACGGUGAAGAUGUGGGUCUUCGAGGAGACUAUUAAUGGGAGAAAACUGACAGAUAUCAUAAAUAAUGAACAUGAAAAUAUAAAAUAUCUCCCUGGAUACAAGCUGCCAGAUAAUGUGGUUGCUGUCCCAAACCUUAACGAAGCUGUACAGGAUGCAGACUUACUGGUUUUUGUCAUUCCUCAUCAGUUCAUUCAUAAAGUCUGCGAUGAAAUCACAGGACGAGUACCCAAGAAAGCACUGGGUAUAACGCUCAUAAAGGGAAUAGACGAAGGCCCAGAGGGACUCAAGCUGAUCUCUGACAUUAUUCGAGAGAAGAUGGGAAUAGACAUCAGUGUGCUGAUGGGAGCCAACAUUGCCAAUGAGGUGGCAGCAGAGAAAUUUUGUGAAACCACAAUAGGCAGCAAAAUCUUGGAAAACGGCCUUCUCUUCAAAGAACUCUUGCAGACUCCGAACUUCCGAAUAACUGUAGUAGACGAUGCAGAUACAGUUGAGCUUUGUGGUGCUUUGAAGAAUAUAGUAGCGGUAGGAGCUGGCUUUUGUGACGGCCUUUGCUGCGGUGACAAUACCAAAGCUGCUGUUAUUCGCCUUGGCCUAAUGGAGAUGAUUGCCUUUGCCCGAAUUUUUUGCAAAGGACAGGUGUCUACUGCCACUUUCCUGGAAAGCUGUGGAGUUGCAGAUCUCAUCACAACAUGUUAUGGAGGCCGGAAUCGACGUGUAGCAGAAGCGUUUGUUAAAACCGGAAAGUCUAUUGAAGAAUUGGAGAAAGAAAUGUUGAAUGGUCAGAAACUGCAAGGACCACAGACUUCUGCAGAAGUAUAUCGCAUCCUCAAGCAGAAAGGAAUGCUGGAAAAGUUUCCGCUAUUCACUGCCGUGUACCAAAUCUGCUACAAAGGGAAGCCUGUCCGAGAGAUGAUAUCCUGCCUUCAAAGUCAUCCAGAGCACAUCUAAAAUCAAUCAGGGUGUUGUACUAAUGCAGCUUUCUUUGCCUUGCCGAUUUGUCUCUGGGUUCAAGUGGAUGCAUUGUUAAGCUUCGUUCAAAGCCGUUCACUAGUCAACAGUCACAACGUGAAUGUCUCUGAAUGGGUGUUGGUUUUUUGUCAUACAGCCUAGUUUGGCACAGCAUGCAGUGUCAGCUUGGUGAUUGUCUUUUUACUGGCUAAAAUGCAACUGUUUUAAGAUACACAAUGCAAAAGUUGCACUA